AGAUUCAUAUCGCUUGCAAAAUAGGCCAUUCGCCAUUCGCCAUGGCUGUGAAAACUGGCGUCUUCAUCUACCUGAUCUUUUCCUGUCAGCUCCUUCCAGUUCUUUCCGUGCGGGAGAGUGUAGAGGAUUUGACGAGUGACCUGCGCGACCCAGCGCCACGCCGCAGCGUCUCCGAAAUCGCGGCAAUUGCCCGGGAACUCGCGCUGGAUGUGGACUUUCAUCCCGAAGCGGGCCCGGACAAGCCGCGAACCACGGCGCUGCGGCGAACCAACGCACUCAGAGACGUGUACGACCUGCUGGACAGCAACAACGCCUCCAUCAAAGUCGUGCCCGCGGACCGGGGCAAGCUCUUCUUCGCCAGCAUGGCUCGGGGAGCCAUGGACCUCGCCAUGAAGGUGGCGUCGCUGGUGGCAUCGGACAGUGUGACCAUGCUGGGCGACGCCGCUGCAGCGCUGGGCCCCAUGGGCUUGGUCCUGGGCUCCAUGACCCUGGCGGUGAACGAGAAGGUGAUCCGCGACCUGAAGCAGAAGCUGAAGCAGAAAGGCUUGACCGAUGCCCAGACCAACCUGAUUCAGUGCCAGCUGCGUGAGAAGAAACGAGGCCGAGUGCUGACGUUGGUGUCGUUGGGCGUGGGGGCGCUGGGCGUGGCGGGGACGGUGGCCUCGAUGGGCGCGGCAGCGCCGGUGGCGGUGGGGGCGGCCAUGUUCACCGUGGGAAUGCUCAACAAGAUGAGGAGUGGCAAGUCCUGCAGCGCGCUGCAGAAGAUCGUGGACAGCUGCUCCGGGGAGGUCUGUGACCUCAAGGACGAUGAGGAGACGGAGGCCAUGGAGGAUUCCAUUGGCGCCAUGCUGCCGAAUAAGGGAUGAGGACACUUUUACGCCCCUGUCGGCACUCUUCGGACUUCGGCUGUACCCAAGCCACAGAAGAACUGCACUUAAAACAAGAG